AUGGGCUUACCGGACUGCCUUCAAGACUCCGAUUGGGACUUCACCCUUCAAGCUAGUUUUCGGAAGGCGUGUCACCUGCCAGUUGAACUUGAACAUAAGGCCAUGUGGGCCUUGAAGAAAUUGAACAUGAAUUGGGAAGAAGCGACCAAACUCAGGUUGUUUCAGCUUAAUGAGAUGGAUGAGUUCCGCUAUCAGGCAUAUGAAAGUGCAGCGCUAUACAAAGAGAGGAUGAAGCAAUAUCAUGACAAGAAAAUCCUGAAGCGGGAAUUCUACAAGGGUGACCCCGUCUUGCUGUUUAAUUCUAGAUUGAAGCUGCUUUCGGGCAAAUUGAAAUCACGGUGGUCAAGUCCUUUUGAAGUGGUAAGUGUAUCACCCCAUGGAGCUAUUGAAUUGAAGUCCGAAGACGGAACUCGGACAUUUAAGGUGAACAGGCAAAGGGUGAAGCACUACCAUGAUAUGAUUGUGGGAGAUAGAAUUGUGGACCGAUAUCGGUUGAAGCACCUUGGGACGAAUGCUGACGCGGCGAAUCCCAACCAAGAGUUUUAG